CUUCUGCAACGGCGAACACCCGAAAACUAGCCGAAAACCUGCUAAAAAAGGAAAUAAAACUGGAUUAUUAAUCGACGGGGAUGUUGAGACGUUUCGUGCCAUGCUCCAGCCUCACCGGGAGGAGCGAGUGAGAGAGGAAACACGGAGUUUUCCGGCGUCGUCUUAACCUGAGCUCUCACCUUGGAGCGAGACUUCACACCGAAAGACGCUGGAGGUCCUCAGCUCAAGAUGGAGUCUCCACAAGGCCAGUCAGUCGCCACGGCAACACCUCCACACAUGUUAGCUGAAGUGAAGGAUGAACCUCUGGACCAUGAGAGCAUAUAUUCCACCAAAGAUAUUUCUGUUAUAGUGAAGGAGGAAGAUGGAGACCACGGAGACAUCUAUUCCACCAAAGAUAUUUCUAUUUUAGUGAAGGAGGAAGAUGGAGACUCUGGAGACCUCUCCGACCAUCAAGCCUCUCUGGACCCAUCCAGCGACGUCUCUCCUGAUGCUGAAGAGGAACUGGAGGACCAGCAGGACGUCUGUUCACCGCUGGACAUUUCUAUUGUGGUGAAGGAGGAACCCCAAGAGCAGCAGGAAAUCUGUACUCCUCCUCAGAACAUAUCAACAAAAAAACAGCGGCCUGCUCAAACUGUGGAGAAACCAUACCGGUGUGAGCAGUGCGGCAAGAGUUUCAGCCAAGCCCAGCACCUGACAACCCACCAACACGUCCACACUGGGGAGAAACCUUUUCACUGUAACCAGUGUGGCAAGAGUUUCACCACUGAGUUCUACUUCAGAGCGCACCGGCGGGUCCACACUGGGGAGACACCCUUCCAAUGUGCUUUCUGCAGGAAGAGCUUCCCGACUGAUGGCAGCCUGCGGGUGCAUCAGCGUGUUCACACGGGUGAGAAACCAUUUCCCUGCAAUGUUUGUCUCAAGAGCUUCACCACAGAGGGAAGCCUCAAAGUGCACCAACGAAUCCACACAGGAGAGAAACCCUACCACUGUAGUCACUGUGAGAAGAGCUUCAACCAGCUGUCUCACCUGCAGCGUCACCAGCUCUCUCACACAGGAGAGAAACCAUAUCAAUGCAACUUGUGUGAGAAAAGCUUCCGGCAGUCGGAGCACCUGGUGCAGCACCAGCAGACUCACUCUAAAGAGAAACCCCAUCAGUGCAGCCAGUGCGGCAAGUGCUUCCACAGAGCUGACUACCUUGCCAGACAUAGACGUAUCCAUACAGGGGAGAGCCGCUACAUAUGUGGGCAAUGUGGCCGAGGCUUUGGUCAUUCAGGGGAUUUUAAGAAACAUCAGCGUGUGCACACAGGUGAGAAGCCAUUUGAUUGUGACCAGUGUGGCGAAAGCUUUUCCAGGAGACAGGAUCUAAAAAGACACCACCGUGUCCACACUGGGGAAAAACCGUACAAGUGUGGUGAGUGUGGGGUGUGUUUCUCCACCUCAAGAAGCUUGACCAGACACAAGUACACCCACACAGCAGAGAGGCCUUACAACUGUGAGCAGUGUGGGAGGGGAUUUGUUGCAGCAGACCUUCUAAAAUCACAUCAGUGUGCUUACAUAGGGGACAAGCCUUAUCAUUGUGAGCAGUGUGAUAAACGCUUUGUGACCUGCGAAUACCUAGAAAUGCAUCGGUGCAGUGACACAGAAGAGAGGCCCUACUCCUGUGACCAGUGUGAAAAAACCUUCAUGAAAGAAGGAAAUCUGAGGAUGCAUCAGCGUACCCACAGAGAGGAAAAUUCUCUUUUUUGUGACCAGUGUGGAGAGUGUUUCAGCCAGUCAGGACACUUGAAGUCACAUCACUGCAGUCAUAAUAGGGGAGAGAAAGUUUUACACUGUAACCAGUGUGGGAGUAGUUUCACCCAGGCAACAGAGCUGAAGUCCCAUCAGUGUGUUCCCACGGCAGAAAAACCUUACCGAUGUGACGAGUGCGGCAAAAGCUACACCCGGUCCACUGAACUGAAAACGCACCGACGUGUGCACACUGGGGAGAAACCAUUUCGCUGUGAGUUUUGCUGGAAGAGCUUUGCCAAGAAGGGCUGCCUCAGGAUGCACCAGCGGAUCCACACAGGGGAGAAACCGUACCACUGCGACCAGUGCGGGAGGCGCUUCAGCCAGUCAGGGAUGCUGAAGACACACCACCGCACACACACCGGGGAGAAACCGUACCACUGUCCAGUGUGCCGCAAGAGUUUCAGCUGGUCAGGAGGAGUGAAGAGACACAAGUGUUCUGCCCCAAAUACAGACCAAGAACUCUAGACUCACACCUCACUUUAGUGGAGAAAAACAUAUUUUGUACCAAAAUAUUUUUUUUAUGUGUACCAUUUCCCCAUUCGUUAAAACUGCACAUUGUUUUUUUUUUUUUUUUUUUCCAGAACAUUAGAUGAUACGUACUUACAAAGCUAAGUAAGAAAGCUUUAAUUGUAUUUUCAAUCUGCUGAUGCACAAAAUGGCAUAUUGUCAUCGCAGUGCCAUCAAAUUACAAAUUAAAUAGGAUUCCUAUUUCCUUUACUAUUUAAAUUAGAAGCUGCAGAAUCUCACCGCUCAUUCAGAACUGAUGCAAAUAAAGCCCAGCUAUGCCAUGUGUGUCAUAAAUGAAAGCAACGUUGAGUCUGAUCAUUAAUAAUCAAAUUGCUUUUGAGAAAAAAUAUUAUGGGUUAUUUGACCAUGCACUAUCACAAACACAUUUUCCAAUAUAACUGGAGCUCCUGGUAACCCAACUACUUUUGCUAGCUAAAGUGGAUUUUAAAAUGUGCCUGUGUUGCAUCUUGAUAGUUCUGUGCUUUAGAAAAUGCACAUGAAUAACAUACACACUGCAUUUUAUCUUUGACCUUCCAGAAUAUGAUAACAAUAACUUGAGCCAAGUUUUGAUGAUUUGAGAACAAUAUUCUGUUAUUUUGUCCUUUUAUUACAUUGAGAAGUGAAUGAUAUUUUACUCAAAUUAUCUUAACCAUGUUAUCUUAAUCAUAUUGCUUGCAAGGAAGUAAGGUAAAAUCAGCUGAUUUUAAACACGAUCAUGUUAGUGUGCUGCAACGAUGUACAAGCUGAUUACAGUAACAUCAUUCAUGUCAGCAGCACUGGAUCCAGAGGGAGGGAGAUGUGACGAUAAAGCCUAUGAUACUUUGUAGCCUGAACAUACAAUGAACAAUGUGAUUAAAGUGCCAAAUGUCAGGUUCAAAAGUAAAAGCCCAGAGACUCCGGCAUGCACAGCCAUUUUGUACAUUUACAUUUUAGCUUUACAAACCGUAGACCAGCAGAAACGGACCUGUAACCCAUUUUGGGGACCAAUCCAUACUGCAGCAAACUGAUGUAGCUCAUGUUAGUGUUGAAAUAUGUACAGCCUUGUCUGUAAUGACAAUAGAUUUUGCACAUUUAAUAGCAAAGUUAAUGAAGUUAGUCAGUGUUUGUCUCGGCUGCUGGAUAAUUCACCAGUUAACAGACUUCAGAUGCAGAGGCGCACUUUGUUGCAUCAACAGAAGGCCAAAUUAUUGAUUGUUAGAACCUGUCACACAAAGCCUACUGAUGACCUGUGAUGAGCUGCUGGAGAGGAGAUAAACUGUAUUAUAUUGCAGGGAAACUUGUGAUUAUGGAGCUUUUUAGAUACUGGAUGAUGUGAGGAUUUGUCUGACAGUGGGGUUCCUCAUGUUUGACCGGUAGCCUGCCUGAGCUUGUGUGGUCAUGUGCAGCAACAGGACACAAAGCAAAGUGUUAGAUCAUCACUCUUAACAGCAUGUUUGUCUUAGGUAAUAGCUGAGGAGAUGUCUUGUUCUCAUAAAUAUUUUAUAUGCCCCAAAAUAUCAAAAUUAUUCAUUAACUUAUAUACCACUGAAAGACACAUUUCCUACACUAGAAACAACUAAAGAGAAAUGAAUCCCUCUUAAGACGGAUUUUAUAUGAACAACAUUUCUGACUUGUCACCUCGACAAAUCACACAAAUGUGACAUUUUAUUUGCCAAAGAUGUCUUUUUUUCAUUAUUAUUAUUCCCAUUUUGGACACAGCUCUCUUAAUGUUCCCUUCUUUAGCGCCCUAUGUUCUCCCUUUUUGUCUGCUGUCCUGCUUUAUUGACAGAGCCAUCUCACAUCACAGCACUUGUUCUUGCCUUCAUCAUUUAUUCUGAAUGUAAAUGUACCAAGAUAUUAUUAAUAACAUUCAGCUUAUCAUUAUAAGCAGUUUUUCUUAUAUUAAAUUAAUAUGUUGUGGUUAACAUUUUUUUUUUUUAUCUCAUUUUAUUUGCUGUCCUCUACUCCUGUCACUUAAGU